ACCACCACCACCACCACCACCACCACCACCACCACGACCAGCACCAGCAGCAACACCAGCAGCGGCAGUCCUGGCCUGCCACAAUCCUUUCGAUUCGGUCAUCGUUAUCCGGCAACAGGGAGGAAGAGAUACUACGUCGACAAUAAUUAAAUGUAGAUAAGCCUUAACGCGUAAGGUGCAUUCAAAGAAAAAUCAUCGGAUGGAAGAAUAACGAGUAGAGAUGCAUACUUCAGGGAUGUUGCAGUGCUGUGGUGUUGGAGGUGGCGCUUCCACGGCACCUCAGGCUCCGCAGCUGCAGGCUACCGGAUCUGCUGUCGGGGCUACCACCUCCACGAUCAUGCAGGAUCCAAUUCUCGAGUCCAUCCUCGAGCAAAUGCGAGAUACCGAAGCUCGGAGGACGGAUUUGGAACGACAACACGCGGAAGCACAGAAUCAGCUACGCGAGAAGUUGGGAGGUCGAUAUCAAGGCCCAGAAUCGAUCGAAGCUCUGCAGUCGAAAAUUCGAGAGUUGGAGAAAAAAACCGAAUUGCAGAUAGUUAAACACGAAGAAUUAUCGCUAGAAUUGACGAGCUUGAGAAGGACUCGAAGUCGUGGCCCAACAGUCGGUCACGUUACAUCCGCAAUUCCUUCGUCCACUUGGCCUCCGGCUGGCUCUGAAAUUGACAGAAUUAUUGCCAAGAUCGAGCAGGACAGUAGCAGUGCCGGCAGAAUGUUGCACGACUUGGAUCAUGCUCGAGGAACUAUAACUACGCAGCAACCAUCGGCCACGCAAAGUAUUCUUCGAUCCAGUUCGGAGAACCUUCCUAAUUUGGGCCAACACCAGCACCCUCCUCAUCCGCAUGCUCUUAAUCUGGCGAUGUCCACGCAAAUGGGCCAUUACGCAGGAUCACCCAUGCCAUUGACGCCGAUGAUGCCUGGUUGUCCACCGUUGACGCCAAACGGGCCUCCGUAUCACUAUAGCGAACCAAUACCGCCAGCACCGUCUCUCUCGACGAGUCAGUCGCAGCCUGCUUUUCAACAAAAGCUCCAACAAUACCAACAGCAGCAACAACAAGCGGAUUUGUCGAGUUCUCAUUCUCAAGGAACCUUGCCCACCCAACAAAAGCAACAAGCGCACACACACUUUACUAGUAAUCAGUAUCAAGAGAGUUACCCGCAUACGCAAACUUAUCAGCAACCGCUUCAACAGCAACAACACCCGAGCUCGUCUUCGUACCUGACAUCGUCGAAUCAAAGUGUGAUACCUCAUUAUACGCAACCGACUCAGACUGCACAAAGUUAUCAAUUAAACGGCAGUCAGCAUGCUUCUCAACAGUCUACGACUUAUCCUAAUCUAUCGAUGGCGACGCAUCCCAAUGGGACUUACAGUUCAGGAGCGACUUCUUUCAAUCCUCAACUGUCUCACCUCAACUAUUCAGUUCCGCCUUCGAAUAUUACGCAAACAACUUUGUCUACGAUGACCCCGUAUUCAACGGCAUCCUUCCAUUCGACGUUAGGGCCGCUUACGAGCGUUCCUCAAACCGUUCUUCCUUAUUCGAGCGCUCCAAGCAGCUAUGCUACAAGCGGCUCGACUUAUUCAACCGUCGGGACCAAUGCUUACAACAUCCCGGGCGUCAGCUCGGUUACUACAUCGGGAAACUUGUUACAAGCGAUAGGAGAUCCCUUACAAGCGAUGCAACAACUCUCUGCCCAAUCGCAAGCGAAUCAAUUGCAACAACAAGCGAUUAUUCAACAAAUACAACAAAGUUUGCGAGCUAGUUCGCCAACAGCGACUGGCACAACGGGUCAUCAUUUUCUUGGCCCACGACAAAUGCCAAAAAUCCCUACUAGUAUACUUACUAAUCCUUUAGAAAGAUUGACCAAUGAAAACAUAGUACCUGAGGGUCAAGUCGACAUGUUGGACAUACCUGGCAAGGGCAGAUGUUACGUUUAUACAGCUCGCUUCACGUACGAGCCCUUUCAGCAUUCCCCUAAUGAAAAUCCAGAAGCAGAGUUACCCGUGCAAGGUGGAGAUUAUCUUCUUGUUUGGGGCCAACCGGACGACGACGGUUUCCUCGACGCUGAAACUCUUGAUGGAAGACGUGGUCUCGUACCCGCUAACUUUGUACAAAAGAUCAUUGGCGACGAUUUGUUGGCUUUUCAUCAAGCUGUCCUCGGGCUCAGGGACGUCGAUGAUUCCGCCUCAACGAAUAUUCCACAAUGUUACCUGCAGGACAUCGAUCUAGAAUUAGCUGCUUUAGAAGAAGGAAAUCGAAAUCGACAAGCCGAACUAUCCGUUUACGCUGAAUUAGACAAUAUUGCGGACGAAGAGGAACAAGAACCACCAGAAGUCUACCUGUUUUCGGACCUAGUUCCGGCGCCGCAGCACCUUACUCUCGAACGACAACUGAACAAGAGCGUCUUGAUUGGGUGGACCGCUCCUGAAAAUCCUCAUCAACUAGAAUCCUAUCACGUCUACGUGGAUGGUGUAUUGAAGGUUACCGUUAAAGCGUCCGAAAGAACGAGAGCGUUGGUCGAAGGAGUUGAUUCUACUAGGCCCCACAGAAUAAGCGUGCGAUCGGUGACGCAUUCGAGAAGAACAUCGAGGGAUGCAGCUUGUACAAUGGUAAUCGGCAAAGAUAUUGCUUUGGGUCCAACUGCCGUAAAAGCAUCGAACGUGACAGCAACCAGCGCCGUGAUAUCGUGGUUGCCGAGCAAUAGCAACCACCAACACGUAGUUUGUGUGAAUAACGUCGAAGUUAGAACCGUCAAGCCAGGGGUUUAUAGACACACGAUCACUGGUUUGGCACCCUCGACGAUCUACAGGGUGACGGUAAAAGCGAAAAAUUUAAGAGCAACGCACUUCGAGGAUCAAAAUGCUCAAGCGGUAAACAAUUGGGCCUGUCAUGUCCACUUUAAGACAUUGCCGAAAGGGUUGCCGGAUCCUCCGGUCGAUAUCCAGGUGGAGGCUGGACCGCAGGACGGCACUUUGCUAGUGACCUGGCAGCCUGUUGCCCUAAACGGUUCGGCCGUCACCGGUUACGCGGUAUAUGCCGAUGGAAAAAAAGUUACCGACGUUGACAGUCCUACCGGCGAUCACGCUUUAGUCGACAUACACAAACUUAUGGGUCUCAAUCCGAAACACAUAACAGUUCGUACGAAGAGCAGGGAGAGUCAAUCGGGAGACAGUUGUGCCACUGCGAUUCCUUGCAGCGUUCUUCGAGGUGGUACGAGUACUCAUUUACAGCACGGAACGCAACACAUGCUCGAUCAAGGUCAACAGCAACAAUCUUCGAGCGUCUUGCAACAAGAUGAUCCGAACCGUCAUCGUAUGACUACCGCUCAGCGAUAUCCCACGGCACCUGUUCCAUCGCACAUGAGAAGACAAGGUACCAAAGUCGAUGCGCAUGGUCAAGUAAUCAUUGAAACAGAUGAAAACCUCUCCGACAAGGAAAUAUUUCCAGGACAGAGCAUCUCUCAAAUGGAAAUCACCAAGGAUUCUGCUAGCGAAGCCAACUAUAGCGAAGAGGAUGAUCCAUCUCGAAGAGGUCGAGGAAUGUCGCCUCAUCAUCAUCGUUACGGUCCUCAAGGCCCUCAAGGACCACCUGGAAACUAUAGAUCGGUUAGAAUGGGAGGGCCUGCUAGACCUCAGGAGGCCUAUUAUGAUCAAACAGGUAAUCAAAGGAUGAGAGGGCCGAUCUAUGGCGCUAGAGUAAAUCAAGGUCAAGGUGGCAACGUUCAUCCAGCAAGCGGGGUUCAACAAAUGAAUAAAAGAGUGCGCCGAUUUAUCGCAUUGUUCAAUUACGAUCCGACCACUAUGUCGCCAAAUCCUAACGCCCUCGAAGAAGAAUUACAAUUCUCCGAGGGAGACACUAUCAAGGUGUACGGUGAAAAGGAUGCCGAUGGUUUUUAUUGGGGCGAAUGUCGCGGCAGAAGAGGAUACGUGCCACAUAAUAUGGUCGAAGAAUUGAAAGAUCAAAAUCAGGGUGGUCAAGGACAACCUAAUAGACGAGGUCCCGCAUCUAAUGAAAGAUGGGGAGAUAUUUAUGCGAGUAUGCCAAUGAAAAAAAUGAUAGCGAUGUACGAUUAUAAUCCACAGGAACUUUCGCCUAAUCCGGAUGCGCAAGUCGAGUUACCGUUCCAUGCCGGUAACGAAAUUUGUGUUUACGGUGAAAUGGACUCUGAUGGAUUUUACAUGGGCGAACUGAACGGAGUUCGCGGUCUAGUGCCAAGUAAUUUCCUCAUGGAAGCCUCUAACCAGGGUCAACCGACUCAAGGAGGUAGAAGGCCACCGGGACAGAGUCAAGGACCCGGUGCAAGGGGACCACCUCCUCCACCGAGAGAACCUCCACCAACUGGCCACCGUCGUAGUAAAGAUGCCUGCAUUGUGCCUGUGUCUGUCCCUGUCUGUCACUUAGACUCUAGACAACAACAACAACAACAACAACCACUAAUGAACAACCAACAACAUCAACUACAACAAAACAAUCCACCGCAUCUAGCGUACCAACAAGCGAAUCACCAUAGUUAUACGACUGUAACUACGUCUAAUCAGCAUGGGCCCAGUCACUUGCCUUCCGGCGGUGGUGUCAUGGGUGCCCAUCAGCAAGGGCCCCUUCCACCCCACCUUCAACAACAGGGGAAGGGGAGGGGAGGCAUGGGCAAUCGAGCCGCUGGUAGUAAUGUGCCAGGUGGCAUGCAAGUUCCGGGACAACACAUGCAGCAACAGCAGCUCGACUAUCAAUCUCAGCAGCAGCAGCAGCAAAAUCAACCGUAUCAACAACAGGCAAACCAACAGAACCAGAAUUAUCAGCAACCAAAUCAAGGAUAUCCGCAACAAGGACAAGGUUUUGGUCAGCAAGGUGGACAACAAUAUCAACAACAACCGCAACAGCAACAGCAGCAGCCACAAGUGCAACAACAACAAAAUCAAGGGUAUGGUCAACAAAAUCAAGGAUCGUCGAUGCAGAGUUCGCAGCCCAGUAACAAACCGAUGAGAGGAAUACCUACUGUCCUUCCAACUCCACAAAGCAAAACCCCGGCGAACGUGACGCAAGGCCAACAACAACAGCAACAGCCGCAACAGCAGCAGAGUACGGGCCCGAAUCUGAUGCAAAAGUUUACGGAAAUGGCGGGUGCUAGUGCAGGCGGAGAUAUUCUUUCCAAGGGAAAAGAACUUAUCUUUAUGAAGUUUGGCUUGGGCAAGUGAGCUAUUGCCUUUGUCCUCCCGCCGAUAUUUCAAAUACAUCUUUUCUUUUUCUUCCUCUCCGCUUACGAUACUUUGGUGCGGAUCCCGGCGACAUAUCGAUUACGAGCUCCGCGACCAGAACGUUCGAAUGCAACGUUAUUAUGACCGUUAUUAUGACGUUAGAGCGCAGGAUAAAAUGAAUAUAUCAAAGGAAUAUAUCUAUGUGUGUAUACAUCUAUACAUGCAUGCAUACAUACAUACAUACAUACAUACAUAAAUACAUACAUAUAUAAGAAAGAAAGGCAAGGAUGCCAUCGCUGCUGCUGCUGUUGGUGCUGGUGCUGGUGCCAUUAUCGCUACGCAAUCGCUGCUAGAAUCGCUGGAAGCAUAUAAACGUAGCCAGGUAAUCGAUCGUAAAACCUUUCAGGAAGAAUAUCUAGCUCGUCUAUCAUUUCACGUUGAAGGCAAGGAAAAUGAGUACGAGAGGUAGAGGGGCGAAAAGCCGGCUUUGUUGCCGAUAUUAACUUCGAUAGAAUUUUUUUAAGAUCAUCCUGAUAUAAACAAAAAUAAAUGAUAACGGUAAGAAAGUAAAAGAUUUCUCGCAACGUUGACGUGUAAACCACGCGAGAUAUCCUUAAGAAGAAAAUAAUAAAAAAGAAAAAACGAAAAAAAGAAAAAGAAAAAACAGAGAAAUACUAAACAAUGUUAUUCCGAAUAUAUUUACGUUUCGAAAAGAUGUGUGAGAAAAGGAAUUUGCAAAGCGGAAGACGUAUAUUUAGUAAGGUUCCUCCAAAAAGUCUUAAUAUAUCCUCUUCUAAUUCUUCUACGCGAAAGCUGGAACUUGUUCGCAGGUGCUAAUACAAUCGACGAGAGUAUUAUCUUGAUGUUCCAAUGUACGUGAGCAAUGCAGAUUCAAUUUAGAGAAAAAAAGUAUAUUUCCUUCAAUAUUGUAAUAUAUUCGCGAACGAAUAUAUAUAAAUGUUGGCCGAUUAUAAAAAAUGUUAUCGCGUCCAGACCAAAGUACAUCACCAACGCGUGUUGCAUGUUUUUCAUACCUGUUACCGUACCUUCCAAACGGUGUGGACGAUUCACCACCUCCUUUCGAAAUAUUUUUCGUUAAAUAACUACGUUGGCUUUUCCUUGUAAUGAUUAACAAAAUGCAAGUCCUCGUUGAGAAUCGAACGUGUCUUUCAUUUCAAACGCAAAUUAAUCGUUCUCGUGUUACGAUGGAAAUAAGAAAAGGAAAAAGAAAAAAAAAAGAAAAAAAAAUGCAUUAACAGAAUCAGAUUAUUCGCAGAAUAUAUAGUUGAUUAAAUGUUAGUAAAAAUAAAUACUUGGACGAGCGCACACAGGAUUCAUGUAUGUGCGAACGUAAUGGAACAACUUAAAAACUUUUAUCAUGUAGGUAUAUAAUGCGUAGAGUACGAUAAAUUUUAUCUACAUAGGAUGGACAAUGAAAUGUGGGGGUGUGCCUUUAAAUAUCUCACCCUGAAAACAAAAGAUGAGACCAUAUCCUUAUAAAUCAUUAUAAUAUAUUGCAGCUAGUUAUUCCGUUGAGGUUGCGAACUGAUGCGCGUUAACGCGUUAUUUGACUUUCCAAGUCGAUUUAAUUAGCCGAACGAAUAAAGGAUGACAAGUUCGUUUCCUUCAAGAAUUGUCUACAUAGCGCACGACUCGAUCCUACCCAUCCAUGGUCCUAUCCAUGGUCCUACCCAUAGCAGAUUUCUAGCUUCUUUGGCUAUUUUUGGAUCCUUAUUCUAUUUCCUAGGAGGAGGUAUAGACCUCUAAAGUUUGGUUCGACACCCGCGCGUGUCCAUUCCGUCAUUGUAAUGUACGUAGAAGACUCGUCCCAUCUGCUUUAUGAUCGAUUAAAGGAAGAGAACGUAUUCGCAGAGAUAGAGCAAACGGUAAAUGUACAGAUGCGCGAGAGCAAGCAAAUAAUAAUCAGGUCACGACGAAUCUUCGUCGCGCAAUCGAAUCAACCUGAUUUCCUCUUUAUUUAUACGUGCAUUGAGAAUGACGUUAUCAAAUGAUAUAUACGAUUGAUAAAACAAAUUAAAAAGAAAAAGAAAAAGAAAAAGAAAAAGAAAAAAAAAGAAAAAGAUCGUAGGGUAUGCAUACAAUACAUAAAAUAUACAUAUUAUACAGAACGUGGCAUUUAAGACGAUAUAUACUCCGAUAUCUUAGUCGAUUAAACAGAUGAUACGAACUAAUGUUUCGAACAAAAGGAAUGGAAAAUAACGAAGGAGCCGUAUUUUUCCAAACGUCACCUUUAUUCGGAUUAUAUUUUCAACGUAAUACUUUGAUUCACAUUCGUUCCUACCGUCUCCGUUUACCUUACCUAAUCUCCACCUAUGUAAAUGAACAAAUAUGAUAUUAUCUUUGCAUAUUCGCGGAAAAGUAUUGAAGACGUUCUUCGACAACAUCGAUACAACUUCGAAACCGUCCAAUCGAGAAUCCAAAGAUGUGUUCUGCGAAGGAAUUCGAAAGAUCGCCAAAUUCUUUCAUUUUUCUUUCAUUUUUCUUUCUUUCCCCCGUUAUUUAUAAUUGAUUGAUCUCAACUUGUCGGAUUGACAAGUCACAAGAACAAGUAGUAUACGAUAUAAUAAAUGUAAAUUCUUGGAAAAAAUGAAUGUUUGCAAAAUGACGAAUAGAUAGGACGUUUAGAAAAAAUCUCCUUUUAAAUGUUCAACAUUUUUAGAAACGGACCAAAUGAUUUUGUUCGAUAACGAUUAAAAAAAAGAGAGAAAGAUAUUCGAGUAUAAGGUUUUAAAUACCGCACCUCUUAUAUACAUACGUAUACAUACUGUAUUUAACUAUUGCAAAGUGUUGUUACGUCGCUACUUGCAUUGUAUUUUAUACAAAAUGUCCUUGUUCAUACUUACUCAUUUUCUCUCAUUCGAUUAUCGUCAGUCGAUGAAGACUAGAUUAUUCAUGUUUGUUAUGUCAUGCGUUUACACGAGUGCAAAGUAUAUACUUGUACAUUUCCACGUUAAUUCGAAAUUUGAAAAAUUAUAAACGCGCGUUAUCCAGUAUUCAUUGAAAGAAAGGAAAGCGAUGAUAUCUGUCUUGUUAUACGCGUCUUCUUCUUGUAUCCUUCAUUUGCUUGCAAUUCUUUUCUUUUUCAUUUGUCACAAAAGGGCAAGAAGAUCGGUGCGCAACAUAUCGAAACGAAGCAAAAAGUGAGAGCACAAAUUUACAAAGUGUAUCGACUAUCAUCUUAGAUGCAACGCGUUAGUCGUAGGCCAGCCACAUAGGACAACACCCAAACAAACGUACACUUUGCAUAUCGAUCUUUCGGAUUGAAAAAUAUUUUCUGCUCGGUCGAUAGAUCGAUCCUUCGCGUUCGUGAUAAGGAUAAACGAACGUUUAAAAGCCUGCCUGAAUCAACAAUAAUCAUUCGUCGACCGAGCGAAUUAACGAAAUCUUUAUGCAAUAAGCAUCGAACUCCCAAUGAAUGAACGGCUAACAAUAAGAUAUAUAAGAUCGGUUUAUGUAUCCCUCUCGUCAUCGUUUCUAUUAUUUUUACAAGUUUUUCUAUUGUUUUUCCUUUAUCCCUUAUAUACGUGCACGCGUCGUACAUAUAUACGUAGAAAAAUAUGUAUGAUCGCGUAUCAAACAAGAUUUUCAUACUUUGCCAUUAACUUCCUAUUAACACGAUUUAUCAGACAUAAUAGUGAGAGCGUACUAACAUAAGUUAUGAUCUUGAUUCAGGAAAUGUUAAAAAAAAGACUGAUACGGAAAUUUCGAAACCGUGGGUACUUAAUGAAUCGUGAUUAUAAUAUUGCGCCAGAACAUUUCCACAUAAAGUUCUAACCGUUUGUACAUUUCAUUUGGAAUAUCGGUAGCGCUACUUUUCGAAUGGCAGUAACACGUCGCAAUUAGAGAAACCUUUAGAUCAUCGGAGUAGACAACAAAUUCAUGCUCGACAAAAUUCGAGGAGUAAUUUUUCAAUAAGAAUUUCGUGAGAACCGAAAAAAGAACAAUUAAUUUACUAUCGAUCGACAGCAUAUUCCUUUUAUUCUCUGUAUCCAAUUUCUAGCGAUUAUAGAAAAUUAUCCGUCUGUCUUUCGUUUUAUAAAUCUUAUCUAUCAACGACUUUAGUUGCAAAACUCACUUUUUCUUUUAUUUAUAUUUCAAGAAAUAGAGAUGAUUUUUAUUCUUACGAUUAUAUUAUCAUUAGUAUUAUUAGAGACAUAAUAUAUAAAUAAAAUAAUUAUUGUUAUCGACUGGAUACAGAAAAAAUGAAAUAAAUAAUGCAUAUAUCACGGUACAAAAAUCAGCCGAUCGAACGAUAUUGUAUUCUCUAUUCAAUACUGUUAGAUGUUAGAAGUUAGUUUAAUUAAGAAGCGGCGACGUAUUUAGGAUUAAAAUGGUCAUUACUCGUUAUACGUACGAUAGCGCGCGAAAAGGAUCUACGUUUUUUGUCUUCGCGAUCAGACCAAAUUUCCUAGCGAUAAUGAUAGUAAAGAUAGAGAAACAAUAAAUUCUGGCGCGAAUACAAUAUUCCAAGAUGAAGGAAGCAAAAAGUA